CGAUCUUUGGUUGGGACUGGAACGUAGACCAUGCUGACUGCUGAGCUGCACUUUCUCCGCCUGUUGAGUCGCUACCUUACAAUGUCUCUGCUGCUUAUAUUUCAGCUAUCUCAGGGCGAGUUCCAGAAGUCAGUGUUGGACACCGGGACUGCCAGCUGCCGAGAGAUAUGUUCGUGUCGACCUCCCCCCUUACCCCCGCCGCCUCCGCCCCCUCCACCGCCCAGGCAAGCGGGCUCUCCAACUGUAAAACCAACUGAUUAUCCCCCAUUGAAGCCCUGGUGGACAGACAUGGUCAUUUUAAUUGCAGUGGGUUGUGCAACGCUUGCUUUCCUGGUGGUAGUUGUUAUUAUCUGCUACAAAGCAAUAAAAAGGGUCGGACCACUUCAACAGACUGAAAUGUAUCUUCAAUGAAGCAAAGGCCAGAUGGAUGUCUAAUUUAUGAACUAACUACAUUAUGGAUCAAGAUUAUCUGGAGCUAGGAAUUAAGUUACCAAUUUACGAGACUGCUUGAAUGUAAUUUAAUUAUGAACAUUUCUAAAAUGGAUCACCAGUUACCAAACUCUGAACAUAACAAAUCAAAAAACCUGCAUAAUAAUAUCACAUUAGUCAACAUCAUGAUGAAAUAGGAAAGUAUUGAUUAACAUUACAAAUAACUGGGUUAUUAAUUGAAAUUACCCUGGGCCACAUCAAGCUCAUCCCCUGUACAAUUCCUGUUGAUGAACAUGUGUUUCCACUCCCCUGGCCCAAUGAGGUCUAGUGGUCCUUGAGGUGCAACUUUGUCCUCAGAUUAGGAUCAUGAGGCUUUGCCUUCAAAUGGUGGUAAGUAUGUGAGUAGUGAAUAGGUGGUGGAGCUGCCAGAGGAGGUCGUUGAGGCAGGUAAUGUAACAGCAUGUAAAAGACAUGGACAGAUAUAUGAAAAGGAAGGGUUUAGAGGGAUAUGGGCCAAAUGCAGGCAAAUGGGACUUUUUAGAUGGGGCAUCUUGGUCGGCAUGGACGAGUUGGGCCGAAGGACCUGUUUGUGUGCUGCAUGACUAUGACUCCAAAUGCCUGAUGCCCAUUUCACAGGUCAUUCCUUUAAUUGGCCUUUGAACUGCUCUUAGGAGUAUCUGAUGUGAGAGAUUCAAACAUGGUUCAAAAGAUUUAAAUGAUGUCAAAAUAAUGGUAAUACAUUUACUUAUAAAUAGUUCCUGGUGCGAAUAAGUAAUUAAAAUAUUAAGUAAAAUAAAGGGAAUUUAAAAAAAUUGCUACAACCAUAAUCAAUGAUUCCAUUCAACUGAAUGGAUCACUCUAAUGUGUUGAGUCGUGGGGCCAGAAUUUAUGUGCAUCAGCUUCAUCACCUCAGGACAUUGAUCCUCUGCCCCUGGGUUCAAUUCUAAGUCCAGCAGCAACAUUUUUCACAAAUACAGUAAAUUAUGAAAAUAAUUACAUUUUAAAUAAUAGUGACCAAUUUCUGGACCAAUAGUGACCAAGAAUAAGACCAUUGGCAACAUGAAUAUUGCACAUUUAUUUUUGAAUAUGAAUUGAAGCAUGGAACUGAUCACAUUGAACUAAACUUAAAAUUGUUCCAAUUACAACAUUUUCUAAGUACCAUUGCACUCGGAGAUCAAAAAUAUAUUGCAUCUGUUUUCAAGAUCGGGAUAACUUUUAUAUAUGUAUUCCAACAAUAAAGUUUCCAUUACAAAUGUA